AUGGCUGCUCAAGAAAGUUGGAAAUCAAACGAUAGCAAUUCCAACAUACUAACCAUUCAAAUUAGUAUGAUUAUAUCAUCCAUGCUAUCAAUAUUCUACCCCGAAGAGCCACAUAUCAUGACAAAAAUUCUUGCAGCCUUUAGAGAUGUAAUGUCGCUUUCUCCAAAGCUAUUUCCAUCAUUUCCUCUUCAGAUUGCAUUCAAUGUCUUCUUAUUUAUCCCAUUAGCCAUUAUUAUUGGUCUGAAAUCCUAUAGAAAUGGCUUACAAUCUGAAAGUCCGAAAGUAGAACAAACACUUUCACUUUUCAAGAAGAUCCUUAAUGUCCUAACAAUCCCAAUUCACCUCCAUACCGGAUCAGCAUUGGGUGCACUCCUUACCAGCAUUCCAAAUUCAGUGGCCAUUGCCGCAUCAGCCAUUUUAGUGCAUAUUAUUUGGAAUUACACUAUUUUGAUCCUAGAAUACCCUACCGGAUUUGGCCACGAUUUCAACAUUAUGAUCGUAUGGCUGAUCGAAAAUACGCCGGUCAUCGUUUUCACGUUAUAUUCACUUAUAUUUUAUGCUUUUCAGCAAAGUGUUGGUGUUUAUGUCUGUACAAUUUGCACAAUUUUAUUAUCAUCAUUUUUCGUUUAUUUAAUUCUUGGAACAUCGCUAUUUUCAGGAAGAAGGCAUAACGCAGUUGCUACGAUUGCAGGAUUUGCUACUUUUAUCUUCACAAAUCUUCUUCAAUAUUUAGUUCCAUCAAAAACAGUUUAUUGGCUUACAUUUGCUUACAUUUCUAUGAAUGUUAUUGCUAUAUUCGGAGAAUGGAAGCUUCCCACGCCGAUCAACAAGAAAACGAGAAAAAUCAACAAAGGAAACAUGCAAACAUACGACGAUGGACCAAAUGAUGGCGAAAAGAAGUCAUUACGCAAGUUUAUUUCACUUGAAAAACAAGAUAUCGCUACUCUUGGCGUAUUUGUCUUUGGUAUUUUAUUCAUGACCUUUUUCAACGCUAUGGCUGCUCGUCAGAUGCCUAUUGGAACACCAUUACCUGAUUUCAUCCAUAAUAUCUUCCAGACAAGAAAUCAGAAGUUCCAAGACAUUUUUAGAAAUGCAGUUUUCAAACCUUCUCUGCGUCGUCUACAUUGCAUUUCUUGUCAUAUUAUGCUUCAUUUGCCCCGAUGUCGCCAACGCUAG